ACAAGCGAUGAGGUGAACACAGCGAACUUAAACUAAUCUACCAAGCAAAUGAAGCAAGCAAACAAAGACAACGAAGAAUAAUCCAACUGAGGAAGAUACCAGAAACACAGACAGAACACAGAAAACUCAGACAUGGCAGGAAAAAAAUAAAAUAAAGUUGUCUUAUCGAAGUUGCGGACAAAUUUUGUUUUCCUCAAAGCGGGAAAAAGCGCCAUUUAAGCACAGUGUUUGAACGCGUCAUCCUGAUCUGCUCCUCCUGUUUGGUGGGUUUUUCCACAGACCCACAACGCCCGUCUGUUGUCUGCAGGCUGCAGCAGGAUGUCCGUUUAAGGCUGUGAUGGACGCGCAGAUGAGACUAUUUUUUCUCUUUAUUGUGAUAGUCUCAUCUGAUGCUGAGGAAGUGCAGAAGAACCUGACAGCCACAGAGGGAGGCUCCAUCACUCUGCCCGACCCUGUGGUGGAGCAUGGAUUUCUCUCCAUUGGAGGAAAGGUUGUUGCUGUGGUGAAUCGGAGGACGUUUCAGACAUUUGAGGAAGUUCACAAAGACAAAUUUUUCUGGAACAACAACACUGGACUCUUUACAAUCACAGGACUGCAGAGGAGCGACUCGGGGAUUUAUCACAUUGACUCUAAAACAGGAAGAGUUUUCAUUAGAUCUUACAGACUCAUAGUGUAUGAGCCUGUCUCGACUCCUGCAGUCAGGCCGCUGAAUGUGAGUGCUGGGAGCUGCACCUUGCUGUGUUUUGUGGAGGAAGCCAAAGAGACGACUCUGUUGUGGUACAGAGACGAUGACGUAGUGAAGAAGAGCAGCUUCGCCCUCCCUCUGCCUCUCACUGUACACCAGCAGAACUUCAGCUCCUCUUACAGGUGUGUCGCUGUGAACCCUGCUGAACAGAAGACUCUUCCAGUCAGCUUCGUGACAUCCUGUCCUGGACUGAACCAAAAGGACAACAACAACAGAAGCUAUUGGAGAGUUGGAAUCUCCGUCAGCAUUUCUUUAAUUGUUAUUCUUGUUGCCUGUAUCUUCAUGUGGAUGUGGAAGUGGAAGUGGUAUGACAAAAACAAGAGGACCACCAGUCAAACACAAGACAGUCUUUUAUCAGUAGAUGAGAAGAGAGCACAGAGCAGAGACGACCAUGGGAACAAUCACAGUCCCCAAACACACACAUCUGAGGACAAUAACAAACAGGGAGGAUGUUUUCCUGACUCAACAGGUCCUGCAGGAUCUGCUGACAAGUCCGGUCUAACAACAGUUUAUGAUAAACUGGAGGCUCAUCGCAUCGUUUCCACAGACACUCCUGAUAUUUGUUAGGAAGAGGAGAAGAGGAAGAGGAGGAGGAAGAGGAGGAGGAGGAGCAGAUUGACUGACGGUAUUCAGCAUUAGCCUGAAAGACAUUGUGAGCUCUCCUUUCAACUUGUAUGAUUUCUUGCCCCAACACAACGCAGCUUAUUGAAAUUCAUCAAACUAAUUAAAUGUUAACAUUACUUUUCUUUUUAUACCACUCUGUUAUCAGUACAGCCAAUAAAACCCGGAACCUCCUCUUGACCAGACAGCUCUAGUAAUACUACUAAUAUAUUUUUAUAAUUACUUUGUGUAAAAACCUUUGUGUAUUGUUCUUUUGUUUGUUUGAGAACAGAUACUGGGAAACAAGGUUCCUUUACAGGUGGAGGAAGGGAAAGACAAUAGACAAUAGUAUUCUUAGUUACAUGGCAGCUAAUACUGUAAAUCCUUUUUUCCCCAACACCUUUCCUCUAACCAGUGCACAUGAUUUUAUGAUCUUUUUUAUGAGGGAAGAUGUUGUGUUGUGAAAUCUGCAGUCCCAUGUCGUUACGUUCCUACAGGCUCAAUUGUUCUGAACUAAAAAUAACCAGAAAUUGAAAUGAACAAACUAUAAGUUGAACAGUUAAUUUUUUUUCACUAAUUUUAAAAACAUCUGGACUUCACAGUUUCCAUUUUCGAUUUGGUUGUGUAAAAGAUAUUGUCUCAUUUGGUCUCGUUUUCCUGAUAGUUUCAGAGCUGUCGCCUCCGUGUGUCAUUACCUAAUAGUGCUGUGUUUAUUUGACCCGUGGAGAACAUUUCUAAAAGGACUAAAGUCGGUAACAUUAACUCCUGACUGACCAUUUCAUAAGAGCUUCAGCUGUGACAAACAAAGUGAACUUCGGACAUUUAGAACAAUAUGAAUGUUCCUUCAUUUCAAAUUAGUCAACACCAAGUUCAGCCUGAACUGUUCAAACCACACUGCGUUUUAAACAACGUGUCCGGCAGACGUAGGAUUGCAUUUCAGAAAAGGAAAUGAAUCUGCCCACUUCAAAGCUGAGAUUCAGAUGGCAGAAACCUCCACAUUGAUGCAGCAGAGUCAGUAUAGACCAGGUUUCAACCAUAAUCCUCCAGUAGUCUAGAGAGUUGAAAAAUAUACUCAAGUAAAUGUACUUUGUCCCCUUCUGAAUGUGUUUUCUUUUUUUAUAUGCAUUUGCUGUCAUAAUGACGUGAAAAAUGUGUUUUUGAUUUCACCUAAGGGUCUUCUCAGGGUGUCAGGUUGUAUUCAAACUGUCCACUGGGUUGUACUUCAUCGUAAAAAACAAAAAUCACUUAAGAAUGAGAAAUCACUGUUCCGAUGAGCUGAAGUGUCGUGUCGUGUGUGCUUUUGUGUGAAAAUGUUUUUGCGGUCUUCAUGCCAAUAAGUGUGUGUAUUGUGUACAUAUUGAACAUGUAUUUUAUUUUUUGUAUUAUCAUGGACCUGUUUUUAGAGGCCUUUUUCACAGGUUGUAUAAUGAGAGGGGGGGAGAACAUUCAACCAUGAAUGCAUUAAAUUUGGAUUCAUAAUGGCA